AUGGACCGGAGGAAGCCGCGGCUGCUGCUGGCCGGACUCUGGGUCGCCGCCCUCCUGCUGCCGGGCGGGUGCGGCCCCCCGCUGCCUGCCGCCCCCUCGCCCGGCCUGCCCGCCUCGGCGCCGGCCCCGCUGGGGGAGGCGGAGCAGGAGCAGGGCUAUUACCUCCAGCAGCUCUUCGGGCUGUACGGGGAGAACGGCACCUUGUCCUUCCACGGCCUCACCCGCCUGCUGCGGAGCCUGGGGCUGGGCCGGGUGCAGGUGGUGGAGAUGGAGCACGAGGCGCUGGGCCACGGGCACGUCGCCCACCUGGACGUCCUGGAGGUGCAGGACAAGCAUCGCCGCCAGUCGGCCCUGGAGCACGCCGGGGCGGAGCCGCCCAGCCUGGGCCCCGAGCUGCAGGGAGAGAACGGCCCCUCCAGGCCGGGAUCCCCUGGAAGGAACCAGCCAGAGACGGUCCGGCCGCCCCAGGCUGACCCGCCGCCCCAGCCGCCAGCUGCCUCCGGGGGCACCCGCCCGCCCUUGGACACAGAAGGGCCCAGCACCACCUGCGCCCCAGGGCGCCCUGGGAGCCGAAGAGACCCUGUCCAGGCCCCCCCAGCCCUGCCCCACCUGACCCUCCUGGAGAGGGUGCUGGCCCUGGACCACUCCGUCACGGACCACCUGCACGAGGAUUGCCUCAACGUGACGCAGCUGCUGGUGAAUUUCGGGCUGAACUCCGCCUCCAAGAUCACGCCCGAGCAGUUCGCGCUGCUGUGCCCGGCGCUGCUCUACCAGAUCGACAGCCGGGUCUGCAUCCGGCACUACGACCCGCUGGCACCGGAGCCCCUGGGGCGGGCGCUGUGGCCAGUUCUGGGCUGGGGCUUCCUGGCCAUCACGCUGAUCAGCCUGCCCUCGGCGCUGGCCCUCCUGCUGGUGCCCUGGCUCGGCGGCGCCUGCGGCCGCCUCCUGCUGGCCUUCCUGGUGGCGCUGGCCGUGGGGACGCUGUGCGGGGACGCCCUGCUUCACCUGUGGCCGCAUGUAAGUAGGGGCUCGCCGGGCCCCCCAGCGCCCGAGCUGGGAGGCCCGGGGCGAGGGGGCCUCGGUCUGCUGCAGAUCCAUCCCGGGGCGCGUCCGCGCCGCAGCCAGAGCGCCCAGCGGCCCCCCCCAGCCCAGCCCGGCACCUGGGCCCAAGGGAGGCGCCAGGAGACGCCGCUGGAGCACCAGGCCUCGGUGCUGAAGGGGCUGUCGGUCCUGGGGGGCAUUUACCUCUUGUUCCUCAUCGAGCACCUCCUGGGCACGCUGAAGCAGAGACGGAGGCAGCCGAGCCGCGCCACGGGAAGGAGCCCCAGGAGCCCCUCGCUGGAUGCAGCCGGGAGCCGCGGCUUGACCCUGGGGGCGUCGGCUCCUUCCCCAGGUGAGCCUGGCGCUGGCCCUCGCUCCCUGCCCCGCUCCCCACAGCGCCCCCUGCUGGGAGAGGCCAGCACAGGGGCAGCUGUCGGGGCCGCCCGACCUCCCCCGUCCGGCACUCUCAGCCCACGGCCCGGAGCGGGUGAGUCUUCCCGGCAGCCUGGUCCCCAGCCCCGGCCCCCCGCCGGCUCAGGGCUGCUACCAGCCUGCGGCUGCUCUUCCGAAGGCACCGAAGCCGAAUUGCGGCGUCUGACAGCCCCGGGGCCGCACAGCGACAGCCCCGUCUGGGGAGAGGAGGGGGCGAGGCAGCCCGCGCCGGGCGCGGACGGACCGACGGCGGAACUGAGCCACCAGGGACACUCGCACGGCCCGGCGGCUGGCACAGCCGACAUCGCCUGGAUGGUGAUCCUGGGCGACGGGAUACACAACUUGACGGACGGGCUGGCCAUCGGGGCUGCGUUUUCCGAGGGCGUCUCCAGCGGGUUGAGCACCGCCCUGGCCGUCUUCUGCCACGAGCUGCCCCACGAGCUGGGUGACUUCGCCUUGCUGCUCCAGGCUGGCCUGCCAGUCAAGAGGGUGCUUCUCUCCAACCUCAUGUCGGCCUCGCUGGCGUAUCUGGGCAUGGCGGUGGGCACGGCCCUCAGCCAGGGUGCCUCACCCAUCACCCCCUGGAUCUUCUCCAUCACAGCGGGCAUCUUUCUCUACGUGGCGCUGGUGGACAUGCUGCCCGAGAUGCUGCGGCAAAGCUCCGGCGGGAGCCCGCAGGGGCCUGUGACGUAUUUCGCCCUCCAGAACCUGGGCUUUCUCCUGGGAGCCACUAUCAUGAUGUGCAUCGCCCUCUUCGAAGGGCAGAUGAGCUUCCGUGUGGAUCUGUAACCUGGGGGCAGCCGCACUGCUUGCCAAACUCGGGUGGGACAGGGCCGAGGUCACGGGCACCCCCUGCCCCAUGGCUGUUGGCUGCUUCGCAGAGAAUUAGGACCUCUGGACGGUCUUCCUGCUGACGGCAGGUGCAUGACACCCGGGGCAGCCCCCCACUCUGCUCCACGUCUCCCGGGAGCAAGCACGGGUUGUAACUCGGUGGGGCCCUGGGCUGACUAGUGCGGGUGAGGGGCAGCAUUUUGCUGUUCAGUACAGGGAGGAGAGCGUGUGGCCAGCACAGUCCCCUACCCCCGCUUUCCAAAAUCCACCUUCCGUCAGGACACUUCCGUUCAGAUUCUCAGCAUUUGCCCAACGUUUCGGGACAUCGAGUGCACAAGACCAGGCUGAAAACAGCCCAGCGGCCCUCAAGCCACCUAGCCUCCAAGCGACCUGAGCAAGUCUCGGCAUUUCGGAGAGGAAAACGCAGCCGAUCUGUGGGCGAUUUGGGGGUGGGGUACAGGAGACGUCGCUAAAGGGGGCAGAACUGAGCAUUUUUGAGAUGGGGAAAGCGCUGGAGUCCGCUGGGAGGCCACAGCCCCGUGCCCCACGCGAAGCGUGUGUUCAUCGCCGGGAGGAGACGUUCUUCGGGGGAGCGGACAUGGGAACUCUUACCUUCACCAUCGUCCGGGGACAAGCAGCAGCGCUCCUCACUCCUUCCGCUCCACUGCCUGGGAAGGAGCCUCCGAAAUCCGCUGGGCAGCUAACGGUUUAACCGAAUGGAACAAGAAGCCGCCCCCGCGCCUGCCCAUUGAAGCUCUGGUCCUGCCCGGGGUUAGAUUCUGCUGAGAGUUACAGUGGCAGACCAGUUUCCCCACCUAGCCUCUGCCAACAGCUUCUGUAAGGACUAAAUCCAGUGUCAUUGGACUGGGGGGGCAGGAGUUCUGUUCCCAGCUCUGCCACUGACUUGCUGGGUGAACCUGGGCAACUCACCCACCCUCGUGCCUCAGUUUCCCCAUCUGUAAAACAGACAUGAUGAUUCUGCCCUGCUUUGAGAUCUAAUCUACCGCUGAAAAGCACAGCAGGAGAGCCAGACUCCCCCCC